AUGAUGCGUCUCAACCCUUCGGCGGGCUUGUUUCGUCCAUGUAGGCACGAAGUCGACGACCCACGCUUUGAAGCCUUUUUGGAAGCUUUUCAACCUUGUUGGUGUAGUGGGUUGAUGGAGGUCUUUGUGGUGCCUGAGGCGACAAAUUCCAUCGCGGGACAUGGAAACGCGAACGAAGCUGGAGAUUUUUGUGAUGCUCGCGUGAAGCUCACCAUCAACCACGAAAACACCCCGUUCUGCCUCUGCAACAAGCGAAACACGCCCAGAACCUCGACUCGGACCACUCCAAAGGAAUUAUUUCGAAAGCAGACAGCGAGACCACAAGCCGUCAUGUCUUUCGGCGGCCAGACGCCCACAAUCAUCGUCCUGAAGGAGGGCACGGAUCAAUCACAAGGACGUGGACAGAUCAUCUCCAAUAUCAACGCCUGCUUAGCUGUCCAGUCAACAAUCAAGAGCACAUUAGGUCCAUACGGUGGAGACCUUCUACUCGUGGACGAGAAUGGCAAGACAACAAUCACAAACGAUGGCGCAACUGUCAUGAAGCUCCUCGACAUCGUACAUCCUGCCGCCCGAGUCCUCACAGAUAUCGCCCGAUCACAAGAUGCGGAAGUCGGAGACGGCACAACCUCAGUGGUUGUCCUUGCUGGCGAAGUGCUGAAGGAGAUCAAGGAGUCGGUGGAACAGGGCGUCAGCAGCCAGGUCAUCAUCAAGGGCUUACGGCGAGCGGGUAUGAUGGCGGUGAACAAGAUCGGGGAAAUCGCAGUCAACACAACCGAGAACAACCAGCGGGACACACUGCGGAAACUGGCAGCGACAGCCAUGAGCAGCAAGCUCAUCCACAGAAAUGCCGACUUCUUCACCAAGAUGGUUGUGGACGCAGUGUUGUCGCUCGACCAGGACGAACUCAACGAGAAGCUGAUUGGCAUCAAGAAGAUCACGGGUGGUGCGCUGCAAGAUUCGCUGUUUGUCAAUGGUGUGGCUUUCAAGAAGACUUUCUCAUAUGCUGGAUUCGAGCAACAACCGAAAUCCUUCAAGGACCCAAAGAUUGUCUGCUUGAAUGUUGAGCUGGAACUCAAGGCGGAGAAGGACAAUGCUGAAGUGCGCGUGGAGCAGGUCUCAGAGUACCAGGCAAUCGUGGACGCAGAAUGGGGCAUCAUCUACGACAAGAUGGAGGCACUAUACAAGACCGGCGCAAAGGUGGUUCUCUCCAAGCUACCUAUUGGAGAUCUCGCAACACAAUACUUCGCGGACCGCGACGUCUUCUGCGCCGGUCGCGUGUCAUCAGACGACCUGGACCGUGUCUGCAGAGCAACAGGCGCAAGCGUGCAAUCGACCUGCUCAGACAUUCAGUCACACCACCUCGGCACAUGCGCGACCUUUGAGGAGCGUCAAAUAGGUGGCGAGCGCUUCAACUUCUUCGAGGGCUGCCCCGAAGCGAAGACCUGCACACUCGUCCUCCGUGGUGGUGCCGAGCAAUUCAUCGCAGAAGUCGAGCGGAGUCUCCACGAUGCCAUCAUGAUCGUCAAGCGCGCAAUCAAGAACCAGAGCAUCGUAGCAGGUGGUGGUGCGUGUGAGAUGGAGAUUUCGGCAUACCUGCACAGCUUCGCGGACAAGAACGUACCUCACAAGCAGCAAAGCAUCAUCAAGUCGUUCGCAAAGGCACUCGAGGUCAUCCCACGACAGCUCUGCGACAACGCUGGAUUCGAUGCGACGGACAUCCUCAACAGAUUACGGGUCGAGCACCGCAAAGGCAACAAGUGGGCAGGUGUCGACUUCGACCACGAGGGCAUCCGAGACAACUUGGAGGCCUUCGUAUGGGAGCCUUCGCUGGUCAAGAUCAAUGCUAUCCAAGCAGCGAUCGAGGCCAGCUGUUUGAUCUUGAGUGUCGACGAGACGAUCAAGAACCAAGAAUCGCAAGCACCACAGGCGCCUACGAGAGGACUGCCACCAGGUGCGGCACAGCGAGCCAUGAGGGGACGAGGCCGUGGUAUGCCAAUGCGUGGACGAUAG